AUGCGGUGUUCAGGGAUUCUGGUCUCCUUCCUUUCUCUCGCCGCCUGGCAUCCGGUCCAAGCGGUCGACUCUCUGGUAGACCUGGGGUACACCAAGGUUCAAGGCGUGGCGGAGUCGGGCGGCGCCACACGGUGGCUUGGUGUUCGAUAUGCGGCUCCUCCUGUGGGAGCUCUGCGCUUUGCCGCGCCCAUAGAUCCUGAGCCUACAAACGGGACUGUCGAGGAUGGUAGCAAUUUCCGUCCUAUAUGCCUGCCCAGGGCCGCGUCCGACUUUACGAACCAGCCGAACAAGAGAUUCACCGUGGCCGAGGACUGUCUCUUUGUCAACAUAUUUGCACCGACCAACGCGACAGCCACCUCAAAGCUGGGGGUGAUGCUCCAGCUGCAAGGCGGAGGAUUCCAGUCAAACUCCAACGCCAACUUCAACGGCAGCGACCUGGCCGCGUUCGGAAACAUCAUAGUGGCCCAGAUUAACUACCGAGUCGGGCCGUUCGGGUUCCUGCAGAGCAAGGAGGUGAAGGAGGGCGCCAGCCUGAACAAUGGCCUCAAGGACAUGAUCCAGGCGGCCAAGUGGCUGAAGCAGCACGUGGACAAGUUUGGGGGCGACCCCGACCAAAUCGUCGCCGUGGGGGAUUCAGCCGGGGCGACGGCAGUGCAGCUCCUGCUGGCGGCCUGGGCCGACGAGGAUCCCAAGACGGCCAUGAUCAAGGGCGCCAUCCUCGAGUCCACGUCGGUGGCCACCAUCCGCACGAUCGAGCAGGGUCAGGAGCAGUACGCGUGCCUCCUCAACGCCACCGGGUGCACGACGGCGACCGACACGCUCGCGUGCCUCCGGGCGGCCAACUCGUCGGCGCUGCAGGCCGAUCCGUGCCAGUUUAACCCGGGCUUCGACGACGACCUGAUCAAGAGCCCUAGCUUGGCGCGGUUCGACCAGGGGUUGUACCUCAAGGUGCCUACCAUCGUCGGGACGUGCGCCGAGGAGGGGACCAAGAGUGUGCCCAAGGGGAUCAACACGACGGCGGAGGCGCUCACCUUCUUCAACAGCCAGGCGUUCGGGGCGCUGAGCAACGCAAGCCUCGCGCUGCUGGACAAGGCGUACCUGCAGAAGCAGCAGCCCGACUUCACGGGGGCCGUCGACGCCAACGGCAAGUCCGUGGGGGCGGGCCCGCUGUGGCGGCAGAUGUCGGUCGGCUUCGGCGACUUCAGGGAGCACUGCAUCACGGCGCGCGUGCAGAACGCGCAGGCGCGGGACGGCGUCCGGACGUACAACUACCGGUUCGCAGUGCGGGACGAGGAGCAGGAGCGGCUCGGGUUCGGGAGUUACCACACGGUCGAGCUCAACGCCGUCUUCGGGCCCAACAACACGGACGGGGCGCCGCCCAAGAGCUACGCGGCCGAGAACAAGGCCAUUGUGCCCAUCACCAUGGCCUACUGGGCCUCGUUCGUGCGCUCGCUCGACCCCAACAAGUUCCGCCUGGCCGGCUCGCCCGAGUGGAAGCCCUGGACGGGGCCCGACGCGCGCGAGAGGCUGCGGUUCGACACGGCGGACAUGGGCAUGGAGGUCAUGUCGGCCGAGCAGCGGGGCAACUGCGAGAUGGUGGACAUGAUGCUGCCGGCCAUCGAGACGCCGCUGUCGAGCGGCGUCGUGGUCGAGCUCAACGCGCCCGGCGUCAGCUGCGGCACGAGCUGGGCCCUGUCCGGGUCCUCGGCCUCCAGCUGCGCCCCCGGCGGCGGCGGCGGCGGCGGCGGCGGCGCCGCGUCCAUCAAAUCUGUCUCUUCUUCCGGGCUGACUACCCCCGUGUCUUCGGUGGCUAGCUCCGCCAACACUGCCGUGUCUGUUUUGACCGGUUUGCCUGUUAUUUUGUUUCCUUCCACUCUGUCCACCCUUUCGAUUAUCAUUUUAUCUUCCAGCUCGGCUGCCAUUCCGGCUUCCACCACUUCGGGCUCCACCCAGACCGUGCCUGCCGGCUCGAGCACGUCUACUACCAGUGGCCCGGCGGAGACCACAAACACCCCUGGGGCCCCAGAGGCCACCACUUCUGCCGGCAGCAGCUCCACCUCCAGCGCUGUCGCUGCUCCCACCACUACCUCGCCCAUCACAUCCCGCGCCUUUCCUGCCGACGUGGUGGAUACGCUUAGAGACUCGAGCUUCAGCAAGCUUCAGUCUUUCUCCAGGAACAACGUUUCCAGCGGCGGCUGCACUCUCGAGAACGCCGCCAUUCGACACGAGUGGAGCGAUCUGUCUGUCCCCCAGCGUGAGGAAUACAUCGCGGCAGUCAGGUGCAUCAUGACCAAGCCCACCAAGCUCAGCGCCUCGGAAGCGCCGGGCGCCAGGAGCCGCUACGACGACUUCCUCGUUGCUCACAUCCAGCAAACCCCCAACAUCCACAGCACCGCCAACUUCCUGGCGUGGCAUCGCUACUACACGUGGGGCUUUGAGCAGGCCCUCCGCAACGAGUGUGGCUACACGGGCUACCAGCCAUACUGGAACUGGGACCGCUACGCCAAGGACCCCGAGAACUCGCCCCUCUUCAACGGAAACGCAUCCAGUCUCGGCGGCAACUCGCCCAGGCCCGGCGCCUGCGUCGAGACGGGACCGUUCGCCGACAUCAAGGUGAACCUCGGCCCCGGCAACUCCCUCGAGUUCAACCCCCGUUGCCUCACGCGCGACAUCAGCAAGUCCAACGCCACGCACACCACGGCCGACAAGACGUUCGCCCUCAUCACGAGCAGCAACGACAUCAGGAGCUUCCAGGACACCAUGCAGGUCGCCUUGGGCGUGCACGCCAUGGGCCACUUCACCGUCGGCGGCGACCCCGGCGGCGACAUCUUCACCUCGGCCGGCGACAUCUACUUUUACGUCCACCACGCCAUGGUCGACCGCGUCUACUGGAUCUGGCAGAUGCAGGACCUGGAGAACCGCCUCAACGCCGUGGGCGGCGACACGAGUGCCGGGCUCCCCGGCUCCCGCGACGACAUGGUCAACAUCGGCGUCAACGGCGGCGACGUCAAGCUCGGCAGCCUUCUCAACACCCUUGGCGGCAAGGGUGGCGAGUUCUGCUACAUCUACUUGUAG